AUGACUCUUCCAGCUGGCUUGCGGUUGUGGUUUUAUUGUGUGUGGCUGCUUUUCCAGCCUGCUCAAGUGAUUCCUUGGGCUCGUCAGACUCCGCUUGUGGGUGUUGAAGGAACCCAGAUUGGUCGUCAGACUAUCCCAGCCCCGAAGAACGAAGAACGCGUUGCUCACGGUGAGCUUGUCUGA